AUGGGAGACGCUGGAGAUUCAAGUAUUUCUGGCUCAGGGACAGAAUCGGGUUCGAAUGGAAAUAUCGAGCUUGUCAUGGCAGAGUUUCUUUCGAAAUGCAUGGAGGUAGUCGCCGAAAAGUCGGCAAAGAAGGAAGAAAAGGUCCCUCAAGUUGGGCAGAAGGGCUUGUUGAAACAAGCGGAAGCAAACACAAAGUGGAUUAACCUGUUGACGGGAGCGGAUGAAUCGAAUUGGCAGAAUACUAUAAAAUCAGUGGUAGAUUCGAUCCGAGCUCGGAACGCUGAGUUGAUGUUGCUUGACAAGAAUCCGAAUGCUCUCAAGGCGAAGGAACAGUUCGAGGCGAUUGCUCAAGUUAGCGGAGUUCCUUUGGAUUCGAUGGAUGCAAAAUGGAUAGCGAUGGCUCAGAUGAUAUCAACCGGAGCGUCUACAUCUUUGAAUCGUCAUCCUCCGAAACGGGACCAGUUCUUUCGAUCAGCGGGCUCCUCCUACAGGCCAGGGGGAGUCCGCGGCGACUUCUAUGGCCGACAAGUCGAGGAAUUCCAGAGAAGACCGAUUAAGAGAACUUACGACGAUCGCGAGGCGAAUUCAGAAGAUGGCUUCAGAAAAUCGACAGUCAAAUGUUACGCGUCUAGAGCAGUAUCGACGAUGAAAGCGUAUGCGGGGGAGAACCAGAGAAGAAUCAAUUGGUCCAAAAGUUUACCGGCAUCGCUGUCAGAAGAGCACAGGUUCACUCUGUACUUGGUGGAUAGAGCGAUGUCAGCUGGGAGUAGUUCAUUAGCAAAAGCAGCUGCCGCUUUCAAGCUGGCAAACGACGGUCUGUCUCCAUUCGCCAGUCAACUAGUGUCCGAUGUCAUCAAGGCACAAAGAAGAAAAGAGAGCGAAUCUCGUGCACAGCCGACACAAGUGAGCGUGAAUACUGUAUCGAAGAUCGUGGAGAGGAAUGCGUUGGUUGUGACACUUUCGUUUUAUGGUCUUUUGAGAGCUGGAGAGGCUUCGAUGUUGAAGUGGUCGGACGUCCAUCAGUCAGGAAAUAUGCUGAAGUUGAAGAUAAGGAGGGCCAAAAACGAUCAAUUAGCUAGAGGAAGAGAGACGUUCUGUGAUUGGCCGGAGGGAUCUAAAAGAGAUUGUCUGCUUAAAAGAUUCCGAGCACGUGCAUCGAUGAGACCCGGAUUGGAUUUUGUCUUCCAAAAUAUCCUAACGGAACCAAGCUGA